GACUUAAAAGACCCUGAAAUCAACAGACAGGAAGUGAUAUUUGACAUCACUUCCGCCUCCAGACUUCACUUCCUCUCGGCCUCGGCUCGGUCUUUCUCUUUCCUCGCUCGCAAAACCGCCAUCAUGGGUCGUAUGCACGCUCCUGGCAAGGGUUUGUCCCAGUCGGCGCUGCCCUAUAGACGAAGUGUCCCCACAUGGCUCAAGCUGACAUCCGAUGAUGUUAAAGAGCAAAUCUUCAAACUGGCCAAGAAGGGUCUGACUCCCUCACAGAUCGGUGUGAUUCUGAGGGAUUCCCAUGGUGUUGCUCAGGUGCGUUUUGUCACUGGCAACAAGAUCCUCAGGAUCCUGAAGUCCAAAGGUCUGGCCCCUGACCUGCCUGAGGAUCUCUACCACCUCAUCAAGAAGGCUGUCGCUGUGAGGAAGCACUUGGAAAGGAACAGAAAGGACAAGGAUGCUAAGUUCCGCCUGAUUCUGGUUGAGAGCAGAAUCCACAGGCUUGCCCGCUACUACAAGACCAAGAGAGUACUUGCCCCCAACUGGAAGUACGAAUCCUCCACAGCUUCUGCAUUGGUGGCAUAAAUUUGCAGUUUUUGGACAAAUAAAAUAUCUUGAUCAA